AUGAAGAGCUUACAACUGGGUUUGUGUCGAAAUCAGAACACUCUCAAUCUGAACAGAACAACUCCUCGGAAUCUGAGGAGAGGGAUCUGGAAUACGAGUUCUGAUCCAAACACUCAAAAUAUCUUCGCUGCUGCGACUCCAACAAAUUCAAAAUCAGCACUUUCGAUCAUCAGGGUUGAUGGGCCUCAGGCAGCCGGACUUUAUCAUCAGAUGACUAGUACUAUAAGCCCCAAAAAACAUUCAAACGCACCUCUACAUCAAUCGAAAUUACCACCUCGUACGGCUAAACUGCGGAGAAUUGUCGAUCCAUCAACAAAAGAGACAUUAGACCCCGAGGCAAUAGUGAUCAACUUUCCUCAUCAAUCAACUUCGACAACUUCAACUUUUGAAUUUCAUCUUCAUGGAUCACCAGCAAUCACUAAAUCUGUCAUACUUUCACUUUCUCGGCUAUCUAACUUUAGACUUGCUCAACCUGGCGAAUUCACUCAACGUCGAUAUGAGCGUAGCAUGAUUCGAGAUCAACCCGAAUUCGAUUUAAAUCAGUUAUUAGCACUCAAGAACUUAAUUGACGCUGAGACUGACGAGCAAAGAAAGUUGGCAAUCCACCAGUUCGAUGGACCAUUCAAACAAGUCUACCAAUCUAUGCGCAAAACUUUAUUGGAGUCUAUGGCUUUAUGUGAAGCUAUUAUAGAUUUUAGUGAAGAUGGGUCAAUAGACGAUGAAUCAGUAUGGAAACAAGUUUCGCACAAAGUUCAAAGCUUAAGAUCAAUUAUUCGAUCUCAUCUCAACGAUUCAAAUCGACAUGAAAAGGUUUUGAACGGCAUUCGCCUGACGCUUUUUGGAGCUCCAAAUGUUGGCAAAAGCACUUUAUUGAAUUGGUUAGUCAACAGAGAAGCUUCAAUUGUAUCUCCUCAUCCUGGUACAACACGGGAUGUGAUAGAAAUUUCUUUAGAUUUUCAUGGUUUUCCAAUCAUCGUAUCGGACACUGCUGGUCUGAGAGAUACUCAAGAUCCUAUCGAAGAGAUUGGAAUCGAUCGAGCUAAAUCAAAGUAA